AUGGCAUCGGCGGAGCCGAAGCGGUCAGCGACCGCGCGAAGGGCAGCGCCCAAGAGUGAGGCCGAGCCUCGAGGGAAGGAGAAGCUCUCCACCAGCCCUGCUGCGAAGAUGGGUGCCGAUGCACUACCGCAUGGCCGAGGACCUGGUUCUAUAUGCUCGGAGCCUGUAGGCGCCGCGAAGAACACCAAGGCCGCUGAGAGAGGCUAUCCGGUUGGGAUGACAAUGCCUGGAUUCCAGUUGCACUAUGGCCCCAAUGGACAGCCUUGGUACACCGACGGGAAGCAAUGGUGGCCGGUGGGCUACAAUCCCAUGAUGGCUUCCCAACAGUGGUCAACGCCGUUCUCUUCCUGGACUAUGCCGAGCCAGCAAACGCCCAGUCAACAAACGGCGGUCAAUCCGAAGGAGUUAGACUUGAAAGGAGUCAAGCAGAAUGCAACGAGAACUCGAGUGAAGACAGAAACCAAGGAGGAGAAAACUACGAAAGGAGACAAGAAGGACAAAUCCUCCAAAGAGAAGGAUAAGGGUGACCGCGGAGAGAAGAAGAAGAAGCCGGACAAAGGCCCACCAGAAGAUGUCCCCGAUUGGGGAGGUGACGAUGAGGGUGAUGAGCCAGAUCCGGAGGAUGACACGGAGUACACUUAUGAAGAAGAGAGCGAGGAAGAGGAGGAGCAUGAACCAGACCAAUCGGUCGAUGUGACGCCGCGGUCAGCGACCGGAGUGACGCCUCGCUCAGGCACAGGAGGCGAGCCCCGAGAAGGUCCGCGACCUGGGCGGCGACCUGCGGAGCGUGACACGCAUCACACGGGCAGCGGCCCACGGAGGCGGAGACCUCCAGGUGGCGGCGGCCCACCUUCGAUGCCAUCCAGAGGAUCGCAAGCCUCUUCCAGCCACAGGACAUCGUCCGUCAGAACAGAGUCGGUACGACAGCUGCUCAAGGAGCGUACCGACCAGCCUGAAGGACGAGCUCGUGCUAACCUUGGACAAGUCCGGCUGGAGACCUUCCCAGGUGACAGGUCUCAAUACAGGAACUGGAUGAAGACGAUCCAAGCUCAGAAGCAGCUCUACCAGAUCCAAGACAAGGAGCUGGCGGUCUUGCUGUUCCUGUCCUGCACCGGGGAGGCAAGAGAGGUUCUCAACCAACUGGAGAUAGCGGACAUGCAAGAGGAGGGCGGCCUUCAACGCAUCCUACGUCUCUUAGAGGAUGCGUAUGGGAGCAAAGCAGAUGAGAGAUUCGAGGAAAGACAAAAUGCUUUCCUGAGUUUCCGCCGCUCUCCCGGACAAAGCAUCGCUGCUUACUUAGCGACCCUGAAGAGACUCCGAAAUGAGUACUUGCGUGAAGACCCGGGGUCAGUAAUCAGCGACCGUGCAUUUGCCCAAAGAAUGCUGACCCGUGCUUCCUUGACACGGCGCGAACGGUACGACUGCUUUUUUGCAGCCGGCGGUUCUUACCGUUCAGGUCCCUUGGAGAAAGUCCUCAGGUUCCGGUGCGCGAACGUGCACCUUGAGGAAAGACCAAGCGGCGGCCGCCGCCAAGAGGAACGUGGCUAUCAACAGGUUGCUCGGCCGCCGCCGAAGAGGAGAACCUACAAAAGGUCCGAUCGUCGAGCCCCGUAUCGUGCCACUCGCCAUGCUCAUGUGGCCGAUGAAGAAGACCUUGAAGGGGACUAUGAAGAGCACUAUGGAGACAACACGGAUGACGAGGACCUGGAGCAAGAAGCACUGAUGGCAGAGGAGGAGAUGCCCGAAGAAGAGGAGUGGAGCCAUGACGAAGAGGCCGAGUAUGAGGAAAGCGUCGAGGCCGUGGACCAGGCUGCCUUGCAAGAGGCAUUCGCUGCUGGUUGGAGGGCCAAGAACCAGACGGCCCAAGCCCGGCAGAGCCGUGGCUACCGUGACAGUGGCAAAUCCCCAAAAGGGAAAGGAAAAGUGAAGCGACAAGACAGUCGCCGGCCUGACGAUCGGAAACGCAACAGCACGUGCGCCUCAUGUGGCCAAAAGGGACAUUGGAGAGGCGAUGCAAUCUGCCCCAAUGUGAAGUCAGGCAAGGACGCUCCACAUCGGAAGGAAAGUGCAACCCAUUAUACAACAGCAUCGGGUGCUGGGAAGGGCAGCGCCUUCCAACCCAAGCGGGACCGCGCCCCCUCUCCGGCCAGAGAACCGGAGCGAGCACCGCUGCCGCGGAGGAAGAGCUCAGAGAGCCAAGCAAGAGACCAAGCUGGCGAUGUAACGGGCGCUACGCCCAAACAUCCCCCGAUGGCACCUCCACCAAAUCCUCCUCGACGAGGAGCGGUAGACAAGUCACCGAUGGAGACCUAUGUGGAGCCACCAUCAACCCCAAGGGGGCAUGAAAGACCACCAGAGCCAGCAGUGCCACCUCGAGUCAAAGAAGAAGUCGGUCGAUCUCCUAGCAGAAAGGAACCUGAGAGAGAACCCAAGGCGUCUCCGGAGGAGAAGGCCAAGAAGAGGAGAAGACGCUCACAUCGAUCAGACAGACCGAGAAGGUCCUCAGGUGAGCACAGGUCUGACAGAGAUCGCACCCGUGAGCGAAAGUCACGGGAGGAAGGUGCAGAGACACCUGCUGACACGCCUCGUGAAGGGACAGAAGAGGCCUUUGUGGCACAGCCUUCAACUGGCACUGCAGCACGCCAGUGCAACUGGACAUACAUGGUUGGUGGCUGGGACGUGAUCAAGGACUAUGAUUCUGACAGUUCCGACACGAUCUCAUCUCACCAGUUGGCAACCGAAAGUGAAGAGGACGAUUUGGUCCGCAAGUACCAGUUGCAAAACUCCCCAGCCCCCAAGUCAGCCGCUAGGGAGAAGCUUAAGGUCAAGCUGAUGACGGUCUUGAGAUCUUUGGCUGAAGAGGAGCAAGACGAUGAGGUCAAGAGACGACUUCAACGGAAACAAGAUCGCCUUCGAGACAAGAUCUCAGCACGGGCCGUGCGAUCUCAAGCCUCGGGCUCGGAAGCUCCGGCCAAAACAAGGCCCAAACAUGAAACCCGAGAUCCCAAGUUGGACGAGGAAAUGUGUUUGUCCACCCAGGAUCUGCUGCAGAUCUUACCAAAUAUGUCCAAGGAGGAGAAGAAAUUGCUCUAUAAGCAACUCAAGAAGGAACGAGAAGAUGAAGCCCUCAAGCUCUUUGGAACGGGGCAGCCGCCCACCUCAGCAGCAAAGCUCAAGAGGCCAGAUCGCCGCCGAGACGGGUACUCGGCUGCGUCCGUACCCAUGGCCUCUGCGGGCCGCAGCCUGAGGAAGGAUGAGGUUGAGGAGCCACCGGAUCAAGAGGAGAAGGUACCGGUGGGAGUCAAGAAGAAGCGCAUGGAGAAGUUUCGCAGACAGCUCUACGAGGCGGCCAAGAACCGAAAAGGGAAGAUCGUACCGUCAGAAGCCUCAGAUCUUCCCAACGCUGCCCAGGAGAACUGCGAGCAUCCAUAUGAGCGUUUGCUCUGGGGUGCAAAUAUCCAUGCCCAUUGGGCAAGCUGCAAGGAUUGCAAGCUGAGAAAAGUCUUGUACUACUCAGCUAUGCAUGGUGCAAUGACGUCCAACCAGUGCAUCCAUGCCCAUGACCAUGAACAUGAGGCCUACCAGGCCAAUGUGCUGUCCCCUGGACAUGUCAUUCUUGACACUGGGUGCAGAACAGCAGUGGCUGGACGCAAGUGGCACAUGACCCUGCAGUCUUUGAUGCGCCAGAAAGGCCUUCCGUUCUACAAGACCAACCACGAGGAGGUCUAUCGCUUUGGAGCAGGUGCACCGGUGCUCAGCACUGAGGCGUUCCUCUAUGCAGUGCAGAUCUAUGAUCACAAGUCUUGGGUGCGCAUCGCAGUGGUUGACAACACACCGGAUGAUGGCCGUGUGGCAGAGUGUCCUGGACUUGUGGGACCUGCUGAACUUGCCCGUUGGAAGGUGCAGAUUGACUUCGCCAAGUUGCAGGUUGCAAUUCAUGGCAAAUGGCAACCCACAGUUUUGUCGCCUUCAAGGCAUCCAAUCCUCAAUCUGCUCAACGUCGGCAAGAAGCCUGAUCCAACAGCAUGGGAGACCGGGGAGCUCAAGGAGCUGAGGCUGCGCCUCACAAACGACCCGCAUUCCUUUGCCCUCUUGCAGGAGGCAUUGGAUGAUCUGAGCUCUGAUGACGGCAGCGCCGCAGAGCCAGACCCAACUACGAAAGAAGCCGUCCAUUGGACGGGACCCCAAUUCGAGACGAUGGCCCGCUGGCAGAAGAAAUCCGAGUCAGAGACCAUCAACCUGCUGGAUGUGCUGGGUGUGGACUGCUUUCGAGCCACAACCAAGGAACCGGAUGACAGUUCCACGGGUUCCAUCAGCGAACGCGAAAGUGAGACUUCUCACGAAGGUGGACUUCCGAUGGGUUUCAACAGUUCUGAUGAAGAAUCCACGGAAUCGGAAGAUGGCAUGGUUGAUGAAGUGAUGAUAGCUGGCAGCGCCGGCGACACUGAGUACCUUGGAAAAGGGCAGAAGCGAAGACUUUUGGCCGCCGCCAAGAACAUCAGUGAAGCUGUGGAGGUGGAGCGCACCAGUUUCAAGAAGGAGAAGGAGGUUCCAAGAGUGCGCCGGCUGCGUACUGGCUUCAAGAUCUUGGAGAUCUUUACGUGGUCCUGCAUGCUGUCAAGGUUUGCCUACGGCCUGGGCUGGGAGUAUCUUGAACCAGUGACCCUUCCAGGCUGGGAUCUGACAGACCCCAAGGUGCAAUGGGAGGCCCACCAGUACAUUGAUCGAGUCGACCCUGACUUCAUCAUGCUGGCAUGGCCGUGUGGACCGUGGUCGCCUCUGCAGCGACUUAAUCAAAAGACUUGGACCCAGCGAGAGGCCCUCAAACACAAACAGAACACCUCGAAGAAGUUGCUGAAGUUUUCUGCACAAGUCUCUUUGAAGAGACAAUGGAAUGGCCGCGCCAUCCUGGGUGAGAAUCCCCUGCUGAGCCUGGCAUGGAAGCAAGAUGAUAUCAUUGAUGGCUUUGGUGAUCUGCCUGAAGGGGUAUGCGACCAGUGUCAGUAUGGCCUCCGCCAUCCCGAAUGCGGCAUGCCUCUGAAGAAACCAACCCGCUUUGUGGGCCAAGAGGAGAUCGAGUACGGGACUAUAUCUCUGUCAUCCUGGGCUGGAGGAUAUCCGAUCCCCUUGUGCAAAGCCAUCAUGAGGGGAGCCUUGAGCUUCCUGCAUCGGCCGGCAGCUGCCGGGAAAGAGACCUACGUCCUGGAGGAGUACGUCACCGAAGAAUCUUUUCAGGAUGGGCAAGAAGGAAUUGAAGAAGAAGAGCAACGAAUGGCACAGGAGAAAAGGCGAGAGGAAGAGGUGAUCGAGGAAGAUGAUCGACGCCCUGUGCCAAAAGAGAUUCAAAAGGCAGUUGAAUUUGCCCAUCGGCAACUUGGACAUCCCAGCAGAGAUACUUUGGUCCGGAUGCUGCGCAUCUCAGGAGCGACAGAGGAUGCCAUCCGUCACGCUAGACGAUGGCAGUGCGAUGUGUGCCGAAUGCAGAAGGCACCAGCACAUCCUCUUGCUACAACGCCAAGCUUGAGACCCUAUGGCUUCAAUCGGAAGCUUCACUUGGACAUCAAGUUUGUGUUCGACUCACGGGAUCGCAAAUAUCCUUGUUUGAGCAUUGUGGAUCUUGGUACUGCGUACCAUGGCGCCUGUCUUUGCAAGACAAGGAGGUCCGACUAUGUGGCGCGCAAGUUCAUGAUCCAUUGGAUCCAGAUCUUUGGAGCUCCAGAGCAUGUUAGCCACGAUCAAGGUGGCGAGUUUGAGCUGGCCUUCACCUCGCUUUUGGAGGACAUGGCGGUGCCAACUACGGUGACAGGAUCACAUGCACCUUGGCAGCUUUCGGUGGGAGAAAGACAUGGAGCUAUCUUGGGCACCAUGAUCUCAGCUAUCACUGCAGAACACUCCACUGAAGGAUUUACAGCCAUGAAACUGGUGGUGUCAUCCGCUGUCGCAGCCAAGAAUAUGACAGUGACUCGGGACGGAUUCACUCCCAAUCAACGAUUGUUUGGAGCUGAAAUCAAAUUCCCCAGUUUGACAGAAGACAACGCCAGGCCAAGCUUUGCAGAAGCAUUGGACUCUGAAUCAGAGUAUGCACGCGCUCACAGAAUGCGCAUCACGGCCAGGCUGGCUUUGAUCCGUACGGACGUCCAAGACAAGAUGCGCCGUGCGAUUCUGAGGAAGCCAGUGCAUGAAAAUGAUGGCCCAUUCAUGCCGGGAGCACAGAUUUACUUCUGGACACCAAAGAAACUUUCAAAAAGGUAUACCCGAGGUGGCCAGUGGCGUGGACCUGCUACAAUCCUUGUGCGUGAGGCCAAGGAGAGAUACUUUGUCAGCUGGCGAGGCCGCGCCCUCCUGUUGGCUGCGCCCAACAUCCGACUGGCUACUCGUGAAGAGUUAGCUCUCAACGAGCCAGCCAAGGAAGAUGCCGACAGUUUGGGUGAACUACUUCAGGACCCCAUCCGGGAGAAGACCUACAAGGACCAAUCACGACUGGCACCUCCGCCGAGGACGAGAAAACGUCCAGCGACCGCGGAUACGCCAGAGAGGAAAAGAGCAAGGACGAUGUUAAGAGGCACCAAGUCAAUUCGACAGCUCCUGAAGGAUCGCUACGCUGAUCUUCGAGCACAGCUCAGGAAGAGAAAGGUGCCCAAAGGUAUUGAGGACAAGCCGGCAGCGCCGCGCCCUGCAAAAAGGCCAAAGGCCUUAGAAGAUGGACAAGUGCCCCCAGAGGAGAUCCCUGAACUACCUCAACCACCGGCACUACCAGGACCUGGAGGAGGCGAAGAGUCUGAUGGCUACAGCGCCACAUCACCUUAUGAUGAGCAUGAAGGGCCUCCCCACAUGUCAACCGAUGAGGAGCCACCUCACAUUCCUACAGAUGAUGAAGGACUGGAUGAGCCAUCCAGAGCUGAGGCAGAGCCUCCAACGGAGGUACCACCGCAUGAGGUACCUGUCCCGCCGGACAAUGAGGACGAAUGGUUAGAGGAGUUCAGGAAACUGUCCGAGGAAGAUCGACGCAAGAUGUCUCUUGACGACGUUCCUCACACCCUCAAGAGGAAACAGCAGCUUAUGGACCCUGCUCGGGCGGAUGCUGCCGUCAAGAAGCUGCGUGCGAACUUCUGCGCACAGGUGGCAGCGACCACAGUGUAUGUGAGCCUUCAAAAUGAAUGGGUGUCGAGAUACGAGGUGGAACUUCUUAAGCAACUGACAGGCUUGCCAGUUACGGCGGCCAGAAUCCACCGGACACCCAGGAAGCGUUUCCAAAAGCCUCCAAAGAUGGUUAGUCGCUCACGACUUUCCAUUUUAAUUGGCAAAGAUCCUGCCAACACCUUCAUUGUCAACGAGGACGAGGAGGACGUGAAGCAGAACCCUCGCCGUCGUGCCAGCUUUCUUUGGAAAGGCAUGACGAUUUUCUACAAGACUGCCAAGGAGACCGACACCGAGCCGGUAUACAUCCAGCUUCCAGAUGGAUUGUACCGUGCGGAUCUGACUGCCCAAGCCGCCCAAGAUUUCGAAGCUUUGUGGACGGAAGAAGUUCGAGAUUUGCUCACCACUGAAGCGCUGCUAUUGAAGAUGAAGCAGGGUGGCAAGGAGUUGGACCCUGCCUUCUUUGAUCAGAAGGAAAGAGCAGCAUUUGAUACGGCUGAUGUCAAGGAGUGGUCUGAAUGGAUCAAAAACGGAGUGAUUGAGAGGGUCAGCCCUGAGGAAGCGGCCCGAGUUCCCAAAGCAUCCAUUUUCAGAGCACCACUUCGUAUGCUCAGGGUCAACAAACAGACCAAUCAGCUCUUGCCGUUGGUGGCAAAAUCCCGACUUAUUGUGCCAGGUCAUUUAGACCCCCAGCUUGGUGAAUUCCGGACAGAUUCGCCAACCUGCCCUCAAGCAGCUGUCUGUGCAGCCAAGAGCGUGGCAGCAGCCCGUGGAUGGGGUGGCACAAUUUUUGAUGUCACAACAGCUUUCCUCAGCGGAAAGAAGUUGCAACGACAGGUUUACAUUCGAGCCCCCAGAGAAGGUUUGCCUCCAGCUGAGAAUUGGUCAGCUGUGGAACCUGGAGAGCUCUUGCGCAUCCUCAAGAGCGCAUAUGGACUGACAGAGAGUCCCAGGUUGUGGUACCUGGAAGCCCUUGACAGGAUCAAAAAGACUGAUCUCCAGGAGCUCGAGAUGUCGCGAUCUACCUUCGUUGCAGGUGGUGGAAGCAGUGGCAGCGCCACAUAUGCUAUCCUAUGUCUCCACGUGGAUGACGGACUGCUUCUCGGUGAUUUACAGGACAAGCGUGUCCAGAAUCUCAAGCGGCAGAUUGAUGGUAUGUUCAAGAUCAAAGCCUGGAAGACCCUAUCUGCCAAAGAACCAGUUCAAUUCUUGGGCGUGGACGUAACUUUGGAUUCAAAUGGUAUCCACGACGACAUGACGCAGUACAUCAAGCAGAUCAAGGUGGAACCUUUGAGUGGCUCUGGACCACUUAAUCCAAGGGAGUUGACGCUCUAUCGUCAGCUCGUCAUGCGCCUUCGGUGGCCGGCCCAACAGGCCAUGCCACACUUGCUGUAUGAGGUUUCGGCCCUAGCACAACGUGUGAGCCGCGCUCAACACAGUGACUACAAGGAAGCUGUCAAGCUUCAUCAAAAGUUUGUGGAGGAAGCUUCCCAGGGCCGCGCCCAAUUGACCUAUCCAAAGCUGAACGAGAAGGAGAAGCUAUUCUACAUCAGCUUCUUUGAUGCCUCGGUUGGAAAAGAAGAAGACGGAAAAUCUCAGCUUGGGUCAAUUCACUUUCUCACAACAGAGAAAGCACGGUCAGGACCAGCAUUGGCAUCGGUGGUGGAAUUCUCCACCAAUAAAAGUUCUCGAGUUCUGAGGAGUUCAAUGUCUGCUGAAAGCUGUAGCAUGUCCAUCUGUGUGGACCGUCACUUGUACGGCCGCUUGGUUUUGGAUCGUUUGCUCUACGGCAACAGACCCUUGGAUGAGGAUUGGCGAUUGUCAAUGGGUCUUGAUGGAGGCGUCGUAACUGAUGCCAAGAGCCUCUAUGACCAUUUGAAUACAACAGGUCAGCUCCCCACGGAGCGUCAGACCAUGCUGGACUUGCUUGUUGCACGACAUCACUUGGAAGCUGGAGCGUAUAUGUUGUUUUGGGUCCCUACUCAUCGACAGCACGCCGACGGCCUAACCAAGAAGAUGGUCAACCUGUUGUGGCAGGCAUUCUGCCGAAAGCCUAUGGUGUCCCUACGUGAGACUCCAGAGGAGAAAACGUUAGAGGAUCACCGGCGCAAACUGCGCCAGGGGCAGCGACAGCGUCGCAAAGAAAAGCUGAAGGGCCGCGUCCCAGCACUGGCAUCGGCUGCGCCGUGCCAUAAUUUGCGCAACACACCAACACGUUUCCCUUCCGAUGUGAAAGACAAAGGUAGGUAG